ACUUAAAUCACUGGCAAAAAUUAUCCUGUGCAUCUGUUUGAUAAUAAUAUCUAAUGUAUUUUGUGUGCAAGACCUGCAAGACUGACUCUUAUGUUUUAGGGUAGUUUAACUGUGAAAUCACUAUGAAAGAAAACAAGGUUGGUUAACUUGACCAAGGUCACCCAUAUGGUUUGUCUCAGUUACAAAGAACCCUCAACUAAAACAGACAUUCUCAGGUCCUCUGCUUUUUCGUGCCUAGCCCAUUAUAGGCAUUCAUAAAUAUUAGUACGCUCAAAUAACAACAUUGGGCACCUAGCAGACACUGGGGUGCAAAGCAGUGACUAUAAAAAACCCAUGCCUAAAAGGUGCUUAGGCUGAGCCUUGUCAGCCCACACCCAAUUAAGCACCAGAAUUCUUUUGGCUGGGAGGUACGGCCCGCUCCUCUGCAGGGGAGGAAACUGAGGAUUAGGGUGGGGCAACGAUCAGCCCCAAAUCACUAAUUAGGUGGAGUGAGCACUGGGUUGGAAAACCCAGUCCGCGAGUUCCCAGGCAAGAGGUGUAAAUCAAUCUGACAAAUCCAAUCGCCCAAUCAGUGUUUAUUAGGAGCGGGCAGCGAGCGGCUAGUCUUCACGCAAGUCAGGAGAGAAGAGGAGGCUGGAGUGGUGCGUGGGCGACUGCGGAGACCCGGAGGCUGCCCGAAUCGCGGAAUUUUGGCGCGUAUUUUUUGUUGGUUGAUGUUCUCGCUGGUGAUUGGGUCCUUGCGCGGCGUCCCGGGUGCGCCGGGUCGCGGCUGCUCUGUCGACCUUGGCACAGCCUGAGUGGCGCAGUAGUCGGCUGCCCUCCCGGGGGAUGGGCCACCAGGAGUCUCCGCUGACCCGAGCAGCUACGAGGGGUGCAGCUUAUAUAAAGACGUUAUGUAAAGGGCUCAGCUGGCGCGAACACGUGGAGAGCCACGGGAACCUGGAAGCCUGGGCCUCCCCCGUGGGCGCCGCCGCCACCACCGGGGCAGCACCAAGAUCAGUCGCACGCCUGGCCCGGGCCAACGCCUCCCGCGCUACUCGGUCGCGGGGACUGCCCCGGCCCGGAACGGACCAUCCCCAGGCGCGGGCUGCCAGGGGGAGACGGGCCGCCCGGAAGUGGAAGCGCACCGGCCAGGUCACAGCCCAAGGCCUCGCUCCUCCGCGUCUCGGGACCGGACGGAGGGAUGAGGCAGGGGGGACCCGGGCAGCGCCGUUGCUGCUCCCCCCGCCGCCCGCAGCCAUGGAAACGGGGAAGGAGGACGGCGCCCGCAGAGGUACACAAAGCCCGGAACGGAAAAGGCGAAGCCCAGUGCCGCGGACGCCCAGCGCGAAGCUGAGGCCCGCGGCGGCGGCGGCCCAGGCCAUGGAUCCGGUGGCGGCCGAGGCCCCGGGCGAGGCCUUCCUGGCGCGGCGGCGGCCGGAGGGCGGUGGCGGGUCCGCGCGGCCGCGCUACAGCCUGUUGGCCGAGAUCGGGCGCGGCAGCUACGGCGUUGUGUACGAGGCAGUGGCCGGGCGCAGUGGGGCCCGGGUGGCGGUCAAGAAGAUCCGCUGCGACGCCCCCGAGAACGUGGAGUUGGCGCUGGCUGAAUUCUGGGCCCUGACCAGCCUCAAGCGGCGCCACCAGAACGUCGUGCAGUUUGAGGAGUGCGUCCUGCAACGCAACGGGUUAGCCCAGCGCAUGAGUCACGGCAACAAGAACUCGCAGCUGUACCUGCGUCUGGUGGAGACCUCGCUCAAAGGAGAAAGGAUCCUGGGCUAUGCUGAGGAACCCUGUUAUCUCUGGUUUGUCAUGGAGUUCUGUGAAGGUGGAGACCUCAAUCAGUAUGUCCUGUCUCGGAGGCCAGACCCAGCCACCAACAAAAGCUUCAUGCUACAGCUCACGAGCGCUAUUGCCUUCUUACACAAAAACCACAUCGUGCACAGGGACCUAAAGCCAGACAACAUCCUCAUCACUGAACGGUCUGGGACCCCCAUCCUCAAGGUGGCAGACUUCGGACUGAGUAAGGUCUGUGCUGGGCUGGCACCUCGAGGCAAAGAGGGCAAUCAAGACAACAAAAAUGUGAAUGUGAAUAAAUACUGGCUGUCCUCAGCCUGUGGCUCAGAUUUCUACAUGGCUCCUGAAGUCUGGGAGGGACACUACACAGCCAAGGCAGACAUCUUUGCCCUGGGCAUUAUCAUCUGGGCAAUGAUAGAAAGAAUCACUUUCAUUGACUCUGAGACCAAGAAGGAGCUCCUGGGGACCUACAUUAAACAGGGGACUGAGAUCGUCCCUGUUGGUGAGGCGCUGCUAGAAAACCCAAAGAUGGAGUUGCACAUCCCCCAGAAACGUAGGACUUCCAUGUCUGAGGGGAUCAAGCAGCUCUUGAAAGAUAUGUUAGCUGCUAACCCACAGGACCGGCCUGAUGCCUUUGAACUUGAAACCAGAAUGGACCGGGUCACAUGUGCUGCUUAAAUUCAGGGCUGAACAUCUUGGGUGUUUUUAAACAAGGUCGAUCCUUCGGGACCCACAGUCUCAUCAUGUCUCGGACAGGACGGCAGAGGGUACAGGUGGUGGCUUGGCUGGUGGCGAUCUCCCGACAGCUGGACCUCCGGCAAUGUGAAGCUUUUGUUUGGGUUUCCCCUCCUUUUAGUUGAGCUUUUGUUUUUGGGUUUUUUUCCUCUUUUUUUUUUUUUAAUUUAAACCAUCGAGACUUCAGAAAAACAGAAAGCUAUGCUAUGGACAAACACCAUUUCUUUAAAGAAAUUCAAUGUGGACAAAGCAUAUGUGUAAAUUUCAUUGUUGAUUUGUGUAAGGGGUUAGGGAGCGAUUUCAGUUUUGUCCUUUGUUUUCCCUCUGUUUUCUUUCUUUACAUGUCUCUCAGUUCUUCUUGUUGUAUCUUACUUCCUGGAGAAGGCCCGUCUCCCCAGAAAGAGUUCAGGGUUUCUCCUGGAAUGGGACAUGAAGACAAAGGAGGCCUCUGGGCCAACUCCCCCACCAGAUUCGGGACUGCUGGACUCCUUGGUGGGAUGGUCCUGGCCAGCCACCCCUGGGCUUCAUACAGGACCACAGGUGAAGAGCCACCUGGAAGAGGAAGACCAGGGCUUGGCCAGGAGAACUCCAGAAAGGAGACCUAACCUGCAAGUUUAGUCCUUUUAAAGAUGUUGGGAGCCCCAGGCCACACCAAGAUUCACAGUGGUUGGGAUUGGUUCCAUGUCUGCCCUUUAUAACUGUGAGCUCCCAGGGAGGAGGCCAGGGGUGACCAUCCCCACUGCUGCGAUAGACAGCCUCCCACCCCAGCUCCACUGGCCUACCAUCUGUUAGGACUGUUGUGCCAAACCUCUGCCCAAGACAUAGUGGGUCUUCCCACAGACACCAUCCCUACUGUGAGGUUAGCACCUCUCACCUGCUGCCUCCUGGAUCAUAGUCUUCCCAGGUGUGCUGCAAGUGUCCAGGCUGUCAGAGAGUCUGCCUGGGCCCUAAGGUCCAAUUAUGACUAUUGCCAUAAUAACAGGGUGUUCUGAACUGGGUGCUGGGGUCCACUGUGUCACAUCUAGUGACACACACUGUCAAGCGCCAUCUCCCUCAUUUCCAGGGACUUCAUGUUAGGUGCCUGCGCUCUGCAUAAAUAUGUCUGAUGGGAAGAGAAUGGGCCUUUCCUGAAUAGGGAGGUGUCAGCCCAUUUAGGGGCUUGCCACCUUAAGCACCCCAACUGUGACCCCCCACCGCCAUCCACAUAGCCACCCUCCCCGAGGAUGCUCUUGCGGCCUCCAAGAAAGGCCCCUUCCUUCCAGGCUGCUGUUCAGAGCCCACCAGGCCCUUCUCUCCCAUGUUGCACUCUUGUCUGGACACACCUUUGGCUAUCCCAAAGUUUUUCCAGGCUCUUCACCUGUUAGAGCCAAAUGGGAUGAGGCCUCUGGGGAAGGGGAAAGGGAGUCAUUUGCUCUUGUUUUUUUUUUUUUGUUUUUCUUAAAACAGCAUAGGACUGGUGGGGAGAUAGUUGGAGGGCAUUUCAGUUAGUGUGUGACCAAGUGGGGUGUGUAGUUUUCCCAGACAAGCAGCAGUCCCAUGGCCCUGCAGUGUGGGACAGACCAGCACAACACCUAGCCCCACUUGGCCACAUGUCUGCUCACAUUCAUCCAGUCUUGUCCUAAGUCCCUCAGCUUUUGCAAAGUUUCUUCCUCCUCUUAGCAGAUGGCUGGCUGCUGUUCAUAAGAUCCCACAGGGCUACUGGUGGCAACCAGACCUGUCUUUUUUCCCUUCCUGGACUGAAACCCAUUUUGAUCACCCACCUCUGACUUCUUAAGCAGCCUUCCGAGUGUACUCUGAGUGACAGCUGGGAAGGUGGGGAAAGCGUCAACCCUGGUUGCAGAGCACAUUCCUUCUCUGCCCCACCACCCUGCCUUCCCAGGCUUCUGUUUCUGCAUAUAUAAGCAAGUGGGAAAAACAGUCCCUGGACUCAGUGCCCCCAAUUCUCCCUGGUUGUAGCCAUGCUCUGAAAUACCUGGAGAGUGCACAGGCCUAUUGUUUUCUCCUCGCUCCAGUCUCUUGUCUAAGUAAGGUCUUGGGGCUGUGGUGCUUCCCCUCCGUACUGUGUCGGAGUAUCCCCUGUAGGUCACAGGUGGGUAACUUGCUUCCCUGCAUCCUAUCUUCCACGACUCCCAGCCAGUUAUGGCUUGGUGGUAGGGUCUUCUACCAUAGCUCAAAUGAGAGACAGCCCUUGAGCCCCAAGUGCCUUUCCCUGCCCCUUCUUUCUUCCUUCUGUCCCUUCCUUCCCUUUGCUGUCUGUUUUUGUCCUCCACAGGCACCCCACCAGCCAGGUGGAAGCUGGCCGGCUCUGCUGUGGUCAGUGGGACAGCCCCAGGUGGCCCCUGCAGUCUCUGCAGAGCCAUUCUCCCUGUCCCCUACCAGCAUCAGCUCCUUCCUUCUGUUACCUCUUCCUGCCUCUGCUCAGGUCUCAGGCUUGCCAGCUCUGUGGGGCAUCAAUUCAGUUAUCCCAAGUUUGUUAGACCUGUCCAAGUUCUGGGACUUUCCAGACCGUAGGACUGCAGUCUGCAGUGGAUCUCUUCAACUUGUAGAAAGGAUAGGCUGUUGAGGGACCAUCCUGCUCUCAGCCUUCCUAGGUCCAAGUUCAGAUCCCCAUCAGUGAGAGGAGUCAGCAGGACAGAUUAUAGUGCCUUAUUCCACUGUCUUCCCUGGCCAGACCUCCUGGCUCAGCUGGAAGUGCAUGGCUGUCUUCUCCCCUCUGUGUCCAUCUGUCACUUGCACUCACACUUUGCCACCUGCAGAUUGUCACAGGGGAAGAAAGACCCUCAACCCUUCCCCCCACCCCCACAUCCCCUUCCUGUGAGCU